AUGCGCGCGCGCGUCGAUGACAUUUUACGCGCGCAGCCUACGUCGCAGAGUAUCCCCGCCGAAGUCGUCGCGUACGAACUCAAGCGACUCAUCCUCGAGCUCGACGAAAACGUCCACGACAGCGCGCGCUCGUCAACCUGGCCGUCCGUCCGUACAUUUUUCGUCGACUCUCUGCAGUUGAUCGAGUCGUCCGAGCCCGCGCGACGGGUCGCUGAAGCGUUGCGCGAUUUGGAAGCGAGCUUUCUGAUCACGUCUCAAAAACAGCAAUGGCUCGACGGCGAACGCGAGGAUUGGCUUGAGACCGUGCGCCUAGUUGCACGAGUGGUUGAUCGACCGUUGAUGACUUUUGGGUUACUGAGAGUGAUUGGUUCUUUGCUGAACGAUCUGGCGAUGUCGCUGAAGGAGGGUUCGUUCGUGCCGGCGUUCACGCGCCCUCGGACAGCCGUCGAUGCGACGAGGAAAUCGUUGUGGCACGCUCGAGUGGAGGCGAUCUUGAUCAGUGGUAUCGCGACCGACGAGCGCGACGCGCGCGUGCUCGAAGAGCGAUACUUUAGCGACGUGUUGCGACUACGCGCGCCCGAGGCGAGCGAACAGCCGGUUUUGUUGAACGCCACGCGGUUCGUCGCGCCGAUGCCUCGCGAAGAAACUCGAGUUCCCGCGGAGCGGGAACGCGAGCUCAGACUCGCGCAGUCGUACAACUUUUCUACGGAUGUACUUAUACGAAGACAGGAGACUCGACGGCGAUGUGCGCCACGAAGGCUCAUGAUUAGCGAUGAGGACGAAGAUGAUCCUUACAGCGCCGUCGGCGGCGACGCGGAAGAGCUUGAAAGACUUCGCGGCGAGGUCGCUCGAUUGCAAAUCGAACGCGAGCAAGAGGUAUUGUGCACGAUUUGCUACUCGAACAAGCGUGACACUGUCGUGUGUCCGUGCUUACACUUGAUGUAUUGCAGCGCGUGCAUCGCGCGACUUCGAGACCAGGGAGGGAGCGAAGCGCGGUGUCCACAUUGUCGAUGCGCGAUGACGGGGUUGUUGCAAAUAUUCUCGUGA